UUCCUCCCCCAUGUAACCUGGUGGGGUCUGGCCACCACGGGGCCUGGGGCAUGGCCUCCUGUCAGUCCACGAGAGCACACGGGGGGGAUGUGCCCAAGUAGAGGGAAGCCAGCCACAGCUGUGAGGCUGCAUCCUGGGGAGGGGGGGAGGUCAGGAUGAGGUCCUGCACCAAGGUCCAUGCGAUGCACCUGGGAUCCCAUGGUAGCCUCGGCAUGCAUACACACACGCACACUGCCCCACCCAGGACAGGACGCAGCCCCCCUAAGUGGGGACCCAGCCCUGUGGGGAGGUCAGACCAGAGGUUUGUGUGUCACAAACACUGGCUAGCAGGCUCACAGAGACACAGCCACCUGACCAAAGGCCCAGCUGGGAGCCAGUCUUAGCCAGAGUAGGCAGGGGAGGCUAAGAUAGCCCCAGAAGCUCACUCCUCCCAGCCUCCUGCCCAGAUCUGUCCAGGUCACAUGGAAUCAGGAUAGGCCUGGAAGGUCUGACGGUAAGGGCCCAGCCCUCAAAGGCCCUGUGUCCCCUUAAUCCUGGCCUCAGGCUGUGGGGCCCUUCCUGGGACCUAUACACAGGCAAGCAGGUGAGGAGGCCAGGGCCCUGGCCAGCUGCCCCUCUGUAGACGGGCGCCUGCCCCUUCCUGGGACCCUCCAGCCUCUCAGCUCAGGGCCAACUUCCUUGGGCAGACCAGGGCUAGUGCAUGUGUGCAUGAGUGUUUGUGUGUGUCCACAUCUGCACGUGGAGUGCCUGUGUGUCCGCAUGUGUCUGUGCCAGUGUGUAUCUGUGUCCCCGUGUGUCUGAGCAUCCGUGUCUGCGUAUCCGAGUCUACGUACUGUGUGUGUGUGUGCACGUGUGUUGCACAUAUCCCUGUGUGGUCUGUGUCUGUGUGUUGUCUAUGUGCCUGUGCAUGUGUGCACCUGUGUGUUAUACAUGUGUGUGACCCGGGUGAGUGAACCCUGAACGCUCACACCACACUCUGUGCCUGGUCGUGCGAUGCGGGGUCCUCUAGCCCAGCCUCCACAGGCAGCACAUGUGGGUUGUCCCCAGGGAGCCAGGGAUCACGCUUCCUCUGCCCAACCCUGCACCCCCUGGGCCUUUCCUAAAAUGACCUCCCUCCCCACUUCCUUCCCUGCAGGCUGGAAACAGAGGGGUAGUAAAGUCCCCACACCCUAGUGGUAGGGCCUGGACAAGGUCACCGGAAGUCAUGGAGAGCUUCAUGGAGUCACUGAACAGGCUGAAGGAGGUCCAUGAGAAGGAGGUCCUGGGCCUACAGAACAAGCUUCUGGAGCUGAACUCAGAGAGGUGCCGGUGAGUCAGGCCAGGCCCAGGGAGAAACAGAGAGCACCCCCAGGGGCCACGACUGAGGGGCCACGACCGCCCAGGCAGCCUUGAAGCCCCAGGGUGCCAGCACUGCCACCGUCCUUUCACAUGGAAAGUGAAACUGGGCCUUGGCACCAGGGUGGGAGAUGAAUCACUUGUCCAAGGCCACACAGCUAGUAGGCAUGCAACCAGGCUUGACCCCGGGCACGCAGGCCCCCAACGGCUAUCCAAGCCCGAGCGUCUCCCGACCCAGCGUCAGGGCAGAGUAUCAGCCACAGCAUUCACUGGGAACCCUGAGAUGUGGUCACAGCUGAUGGCACAAUGGCCCGCAGGGACGCACAGAGGCUCGAGGAGCUCUUCACCAAGAACCACCAUCUCCGAGAGCAGCAGAAGGCGCUCAAGGAAAACCUUCGGGUGCUGGAGAAUAGGCUGCGGGCUGGCCUAUGUGACCGCUGCAUGGUCACCCAGGAGCUGGCCAGGCGGAAGCAGCGGGAGUUCGAGAGCGCCCAGCUGCAGGGCCUGCAGCGCGUCUUCCUUCUCACUAGCGAGAUGAAUGGGCUGAAGGAGGAGAACAAGGCCUUGAAGGAGGAGGUGAAGCGGCUUCGGGGCCUGGAAGAGAAGCCCAAGCCCCUGGCCAGGGAGGGCACCUCAGACCCCCUCUCACCCCUGCUGCUCCCCUCCCCCGGCACCUGGAAAGCCAUCACUGAAAAGCCAUCGGGCGACCCCAGGGAGGCUGAGGAAGACCAGCUGGGCACAGAAAAGCCAGCAGGGCACAGGAAAUCUCCAGUAGCCAAAAUCUCCCCAGGUGCCAACCUGCCUGAGCCAGGGGCCCCGGAUCUGAGUCCACAGCACAUCUCCAACCAGCUGCACGGGACCAUCGCUCUGCUGCGGCCUGGGUCCCACUGCCCAGCUGAGCCUGGCUCCACCAGUGGGACACCCCCACCACUGUCCGCCAAAAAUAGCCCAGCCAGCCCACCACUGUAUGAGCACAGCUUCCCCGUGGACAGCUUCCUGUGGGCCUCCUGGCCCUCCGCCAUGACCCAUGAGUCCCUGAAGCGCUCCCCUCAGGCUGACAACCUCUGCCUCCUAAACCACCACCUGUCCGUGCACCUUCGGAGCCCUCACGGCCACACCUUGGCCCCUACUGCAACCCCUGGCAACCCCAGGCUCCAGGGCCUGAAGGCCAGAGAGGGAGGGACCUGGGAGGAGCCCAGGCAGGACCCACGGCUGGAGGGGGCGCUGCGCCUACUCCUGACCCAGCAGCAGCUGCAGGCAAGGGCAAGGGUGGGCAGCACCAGGACAAGCUGCCCACUCGGGCUUGGGGAGCCACCACCCUCCCCACCAGUCGGCUCAGACUCUGAGGGCCCCGAGAGUGAGGUGGCCAGGGCAGCUCCAGCCACAGCAGUCCUGCCUGGAGGGCGGCACCCACAGCCCACAGGCCUAGGCUACUCCAUCAGGGAAGAGGCCACAGCCACACCAGACAAGCCCCUGGACCUCUCAGACCGGGGACGAAGCCGAGACGCCCCCAAGCCAACCAGCCAGCCUGAAUCUCUCAGCCCCACAAUUGCCCACACUCCCAGCCCCGAGCCAUCUGCCCCAUCUGAAGCCCUGACUCGCAGCACCCAGGCACUCAGCAAUGGCACCAAGAGGACCCGAGUGCCACAGACAGAAGAGCCCCCGGCUCUCACAGACUCCUCACACUUCCUCCCAGGGGCCCAGCCCAGCUUGCCCUCUCAAAGCAGGAUGGAGGAUGAGGCCAGAGGAGGGCCUGACCCCGGUGGCCCCUCAGAGCCCAGCAAGACCAAAAUGCAGAGACCUGAGUCGGAUGACCUGGAUAAGCCAGACAGCUCAGACAGUAAGGAACAUCCGAGCUCUGAGGCCGGUGCCAAUCCCCACAUGCCAGGGGAGGGGCCCAGGUGCAUCUGCACCCGGGAGCAGGGUCUGCAGCAUAAGAGGAAGCAGGCCUCAGACCUGGAGGGCCAAGCCUCCAAGAAGCUGUCUCGGGGGAGAAGGAAGCUGAGGGAAGCACUGACUGCAGCUGAGAGGCCAGGAAGCCCAAGGGACACCCAGGGCUGCAGCCCCUCCCCCCACAGCAGCAGCUGGGAAGAUACCUCACCCCUGACCGAGGGGCUUGCCCAGAGGUGGCUUUCCACCUGACCGGCCAUGCCUGGACAGACCACACACCAAGCCAGCACAUGGAGGCUGAGAAGGGUGAGCUGAUGCCUCAGGCUGGUGUCCAGUCCUCUCCACCUCCACCCACCUCGGAAAUGCACUGCUGGCUCUGUGGCCCCUCAGCUCAGCAUCUGCUCCCUUAGGGCAGUGAGGACGGGAGGUAGGGAUUGCUCAGGCUCCAGCCUAGCCCCAGGCUUCUGGGCAGCACCCCCUCGGAAGACAGGGGACCCCCACUCACAUCCCGCAUCCCCAGCACCCAGCCCACCAGGGUCCGAGCGGCGCUCUCGGGCGCCCCCUUGUGGACUCUGGCAAAGAGGCAUCUG